AUUGGGGAGGUUUUUGGGGCACAGACAACAGUUCCUUUAGUCCACAGAUCCACACCAGACACAGCAACACAGUACAGUUCUCCGGAAGGCAAUAUGGAACAACAGGGGUAUGGUAAUCCACAGGGUUCAGUCCUUUGGGCAGCACGGGGCAAUAUGGAACAACAGGGGUUAUGGGUAAUCCACAGGGUUCAGUCCUUUGGGCAGCACGGGGUUAGUCCACUUAACUGGAUGCGGGGAGCUGGGCACAGAGGGUUACAGUCCACACAGGCAGCUCCAGGCAGGGAAGGGUUAAGUCCAUUUGGCUCACGGGCAACAAAGAGUUCA